AUGUCUUACGAUCGAGUCCUCCCCAACCCUGCUGCUCUCCGCUAUGAUUCCGCUCAAGUCCCUCUGCCUAGAUCGGCGACCAGCAGUCUCCUCGACCACAAGAUCAUGAACGAUGUGCCUAGAGCAAGCCUGCCUGUACAACGGCACCACAGUGACGGUGGCCUAGUUGGAAGGUCUACUUACAGGUAUGCCGACGAAUCUCAUGAAGUGCCGUAUGCGCACCAACCGAUGUCCUCUAUCAGGAGUGUCGAAAAGAUUCCCUCGCCAAAUGGAUCCAAGGCGGGGCCGAUGACCAGCAUCAAGGAACUGCCCCUUCGCGAGCGGUCCUCGUCGUCCUCGGCGAGCAGCACCAGUCCAGUCAAACAGAAAGACAAUACAAUCCAAUUUUGCCUCUGCCAGCCGGAACCGAAGAUCCCCCGGCCUCGUAAUGCCUUUAUCUUGUAUCGUCAGCACUAUCAGGCUGUAGUUGUGGCCCACAACCCUGGUCUGGCGAACCCGGAGAUCUCCAAGAUCAUCGGGGAGCAGUGGAGAUCACUGUCAGAGGAGGAGAAGGCUAAGUGGAAGGCGCUGGCCGAGGAAGAAAAAGCCCGUCAUCAGCAGCAAUAUCCGGACUACCGGUACCAGCCCCGGCGGUAUGGCCGGGAUGGAAAUUCUCGCAAUUCUACCUCGGGCAUUAGUCACAAUCCAUCGGGUGCGUCGACGUGCAACCGAUGCGGAGGACGUGUCAUGAAUGCACCGUCGUCUCCAAUGACACCGUUUACUCUAGCAAAUGGCGCUGGAUACCGAGCAUCGAGCUUGUCAGGGCCUUCGGCACAUCCUAACACACUCGCCCUGCGGAGCUCUCAUGGCGGAGAGAAUGAUACAGCUCCAGAGCCAAUCAAAGUCGACCCUGCAGAGGCGCGGGCAACACGCCCCCGUCAAUGGGAAGAGAACGGGAGUCGAUCAUCAGACAACAAACGCCGCCGAGUUUCUCACCAGGCCACCUUCAAGCCUAGUUUGCCAUCCCACCGAGACAGAAGCCCUGAACCACCACAUCCCAUCUCACCAUAUAGUGCCCGUUCGGAGAUGGCACCACCACGCAACAUAUUCCCCAUUCUUCAUCCUGAGAGGUCUUAUGGGAGUGUGUCAGCUCAGGGACAUCCCGAUCCUAGCCUGAAGCUCCCGCCGCUGCAAACGACUAGUCUGGCGAUGACACCCAUGACACCACUCUCACAAGACGGACCGCCCAGCGUUGAGGCUACCGUGAUGACAAUAUCUCCGCUGAACAAAAUCAAAGUCCUUGCCAAGAUCUCGCCCCCUCUUGUGCCAUCCUUCCGCGAGACCAACCCACAAAGCCGAGGUCCCGUGAUCGCUGUCGACGGACAAGAUCCAGAACUGGUCCAGAUCGCCGUGGAGUACCUGGAGCGCCUUCUCAAAAAGGAAGCCAAAUAUCAGGUUCGCGUCUUCGAGGGGCCUGAGAUCCAGGCUCCGCGGCAAGGAGGCCCCGAGGCUGGUCAGAUGGGAGAUGGGACAGUGGAAUACCUCAACACCAUUUCCGCGUGGCACCGCAUCUCUGAUGAGGUGAUCAGCUUCGUUAAGUCAACAUCAUCUGCAGACUCCUCCGAUGGUAAAUCCACAGCCACAGACGAAGAGUCCACCCAUUCGGGCAUGUCACCGAAGACCAUCAUUCCCAAGACCGCCAACAUGCAGAUCCACUCACCGGCGCAUUCGAGCGAGAAUGGCUCCGAGGGCAGCGUGAUGUCCUCGGGUACGGCGGCUAGCCAUCACUCCGCCGUUCCAAUCUCCCUGGUCCCGAGAUACCAGCUCAGCACGGCGGACGCGUUUGCGUGCUCAAUUCCAAUCGCCGAUUCCUACGCGCCGCUUGACCAUUGGCAGUGGAUGGCAUCCCUGUGGCGCGCAUGCGUUGGGCCUGAUAUCACGGUGUACAUCCGCGAGUGCACCCGGGAGGAGCUGGAUGGUGUCGGCGGGAACCCGGUUGAGAUCCGGCUGCAGGAUGCGCGCACGGUCGUGCUGCGGAAGGUGCUUGGCACCGCUAGGGAGCUGGAGGAGAAAGCGCUGAAGCGGGUUGGAUUCGAGAUUGAAGAUUAUCUCACGCAGUGA